AAUUUAAAUUUCGCACCAAGUUGGUUAGCAAAUAAACAACAAGUGAAAAAAACAGAUAUGGAUUUUGCUAAAGUUUCUUUUGACAAACGUAAAAAAAUCUGGACUACACCCUCUACACAAGGUGUUUAUAAUACAGAAUGUGCUUUGGGUAGAAUUAUUUACAAUCAAUUGAAUUCUUUUCCCAAUGUUACCUUACAGAUUGAUGAUUCAACUGGUGUUACAGUAAAAGCUCGUGAUGCUCUAACCAAUGCGGUGCGUAUUGCUCAACAUUUCAAUGAAAUGAAAUUGCAUCAAGAUGAUAUUAUUGGUUUUGCUGUUAAAAAUACUACAAAUGUUUUGCCCACAGUCAUUGGUUGUUUCUUCAAUUGUACUCCUUUUCAUGCUGUAAAUCCCGUAUUGGAUGAAUCUACCUUGUCACAUUGUUUCGGUUUAACUAAACCCAAGUUGAUUUUCUGUGAUGCUGAGGUCUAUAAAAAGGUUUAUUUGGCCACUAAAGCUUAUAAGCCAAAAAUUAUCACCAUGUCUGGUGAUGUUGAGGGUGUUGUUAAGAUAACAGACUUAUUGGAACCUACUAAAACUGAAAGAUUUUAUCAACCUAAACACUAUAGUAUUGGUGGUCAUCAAACAGUGGCUAUUUUAUGCUCAUCUGGAACUACUGGAAAACCCAAAGCCGUUUGCUUGGCUGGUUUCAAUUUAAUUCAUGAAUUACCUUAUGUUACUAGUGAAACUGUAUUAUAUGUACCUAGUGCCAUUGAUUGGAUUACCGGUUUGGCAUUUAUGGUAGCCAGUUGUUUUACCGGCUGUACUCGCAUCAUUUGCGAUAAACCCUUCAAUGCUGAUGACUUUAUAAGACUAAUGAAAAAAUAUAAAAUAACAAAUGCUUUCUUGGCACCACGUUACAUUGCAGCUUUGGUCAAUCAUCCUGAAGCAACGAAAGAAGUAUUCGCUUCUCUACAAAUGGUUCAAUCGGGUGGUAGUACAGUAACUGAAAAGCUACUCAAGAGUUUCAAGGCUCUACUUAAUGAAUAUUGCAUUGUUAUCUUUGGUUAUGGUUUAACUGAAUUUGGUGCCAUUGCUGGUAACAUUGAUAUUAGUCGCAUAACCUCCGUAGGACAAUUGGCACCCAAUAUUAGUAUGCGCAUUGUUGAUGAUGAUGGUAAUAAUUUGGGACACAAUGAGAUAGGAGAAGUUUGUGUGUACAAUGGUAAAUACUGGGGUGGUUAUUAUGGCAAUCCUAUUGAAACCCAACGUAUGCGUGAUGCUCAUGGUUGGUAUCAUACUGGUGAUUUGGGUUAUAUGGAUGAUGACAACUACUUGUAUGUGGUCGAUCGUAAGAAGGAAAUUCGUAAAUAUUUAGGUCUUCACUUCUGGCCGAAAGAAAUCGAAGAAGCCAUUGUAGAAAUGCCCGGUGUUAAGGAUGCUUGUGUUGUAACAGUAUCCGAUGAAACUAAAGGUGAUUGUUCAGGAGCUUUGGUUGUAAAGGCACCAAAUAGUAAAAUAACCGAACAGGAUGUAAUCGAUUAUGUUAAAAAUCGUUUAGUAGAUAUACACAAACAAAUACACGCUGGCGUGUUUUUCGUUGAUUCUAUUCCACAAAAUUCCAAUGGUAAAAUGGUGAGAAUCGAAGGCAAGAAAAUCUUUGAAUCACUGUUAGAACGUAAUUUAGUUUGUUAGAUAAUACUUAUGUUAUAUAUGUAGAAAUAGUACUUAGUAGAAUUUAUAACACUUUAGCAAAAAUGUAAUAGCGAUAAUGACAAUAAAUAAUAAUUAAUUUUUAAAUAUUUAU